CCUUUGACAGAAUCUCUUGCCACUUGUUCAGUUCUUUACUUUUUUCCUCCUACAAUGGAAAUAGAAGAUGGUGGUUCCUUGUAUGAACCUGAACACAAGAUUUCUCACACUUUCUCAGAGUUCAUGAUUAGGGUUACAAAGUUUGAUGAAUUAGCGGAAGUGGGAAGUAGAUUACUAGUUGGUUUUCAACAAGGACUCGUUUGCCUGCUUUUGUCAGAGUAUCUGCGGCGCCAACCGAUUGAAAAGAAUUCUGAAUUGGUCGAGCGCAUUAUUAGAGACAAUGAAACUGAGAGGCUUUCCUCCUACAUAGAAGCUGGAUGUCUGAAUGCUCAUGAUUCUGUACAAAAUAUGUCCAAGUUACAUACAUGCCACCUUGGUCUUCAAGAUCACGUAAACAAAGCAAAGUGUGUAGUUGAUGAACUUGCAUGUCUUUUAAAGGAUGCGGAAGCUGUAGUGCAAUCGAUAAAUUGUUGUUUGGCUCAAAAGGGGGAACUAAAUGUUGGCAAUGGUAAAGAUUUGUUGGAAACCUCUCAUGAUGAAGAAGAAGCAUCGUCUGUUGAUUCUCUGAAACAUGUAGUCAUUGAUACUGCAACACUGAUGGCAAUAGUGCACUCCAUGGUAAAAAGUGACUACACAAUGCAGGAAAAAAUUGUUUCUUCCCUUAACCUCACUUCACCUUCCGGAGAAUUGGAUAGCUAUUCCAGCAUGUGGUCGUUGCGCCCUUACAUAGACGAUGAAAUCAUGCAUAAAGCUUGGAAACUUGUCCGCUAACUCGUUCUAUAGCAGAAAAGGCUCUACUAUAUAGCUUUCUUUCUGGAAAUUUGCUUGAAGCCGUAGCAAAAUGCAGUUGGGGGAUAGAAAAAAGGACAGACAUAAGGAAGUACCGGAAAUUAUAGGAGUUUGGGGGCUGAAGAAGGUUAUGAUAUUGAAGGUUAUUAAUUAUUGGUUCAAGUAUAUGAUUGUGUUAUAGCAGUGAAUCAAGUGGAUAUACAGAUUUACUUCUUUCUUUUCGGAAUUUAGGCAAUGAUUUUUUUGCUUUCGCUUUCAAACACCUGCUGAUAACUAGAGUCAUUCUUUGAUA